AUGGUACAGCUGAACAUAGAUCUGAUCGCUAAAUCCAGAAACCACUUCAAGAAGAAAAGGGGCCUCUCCUUCCCAGACUACCUCAAGACACUCACGCACCUUCACUUCUCCAGCAAGAACAUCGAAGACAUUGGAGAUGUCUCCAUGUGCAAAAACCUCACUGUUCUGUACCUGUACGACAAUCAGAUCACAAACAUCUGCAACCUCGGCUCUGCCUCCAACCUCACCCAUCUGUAUAUGCAGAACAACAACAUUGCUCGUAUAGAAAAUCUCUCCAAUCUGCAGAUGCUCUCCAAACUGUAUCUUGGUGGAAACCGGAUUGCAGUAUUGGAGGGCUUAGAGCAGCUCCGCGAGCUCAAGGAGCUUCAUCUGGAGAAUCAGAAGCUGGCACCAGGGGAAAAGCUGCUCUUUGACCCCAGGACUCUCCUCUCACUCGCUGAAUCUCUUUGUGUUCUGAAUAUCAGUAACAACAACAUUGAUGAUAUCAGGGACCUGGCAGUGCUGAGGGAAAUCCAGAAUUUUUCUGCUGCUGACAAUGAAUUACACAACCUGGAGGAGUUAGAGGAUGUGUUUGGCUUCUGGCCUCAGCUGCUUCAAAUGGAUCUGAGAGGAAAUCCUACGAGUAAAAAACCAAAGUACAGAGAUCGUCUAAUAACCACAUGCGAAACACUCGGGGUUCUUGACGGAAGGGAAAUUAAUGAGUUCACCAGACAGUUCCUCAUUAGAUGGAAAACAUCCAAAGAGGCCAAGAAGAAAAAACACAACCCGCUCCUGCUGCCUGGACCGUUGAGCUCCGAUCCCUUUACAAGUUAG